ACCAUGGGAGAAUUUGAUUUCGGACUCUUAAUCAGAGAGUGCUUGUACCAUGAUCUUCAACUGCGGUUUUACAUCCAUCAAUUCGACUCUGCCAACCGCUGGUGACAUACACUUAGACUUUUCAUUUAAGGUUUCAGUCUUCAGCUGGAAAUAAUAAGGAUAACAUAAAAAAAAACGCAGAAAACCCACCUCUCAAGCCCGGUUCUAUUCAACACCAUGGUGUACAGGUUUUGGAAAAUUUCAACACAAGGACAUGCCAAAUAGUUCUGGGGACUUGAAGAUAUGUGUGUGCUUAUAUAUUUAAAUCUGGAAACCCUUUUAUACCCUCGGAUCAGUAUAUAUCAUUAGCCGCCGCAUGGUUUAAUCUGGUAUUCAACUUCUGGUCACUCAAAAUUCGCAUUCGCAUAUCUCUUAAGCAUUUCUACGAACGGUGAUCAGCUCUGCAGAGCACGAAUUUUCUUACACAGACUUUCUUUUUGAUGUGGGUUUUCUCGAAUGUGUCCGUUGUUGUGCGAAUGAAAUGAAGAGAAACUCGAAAAGAAAAAGUUUAAUAUACCUCUGCGUUCAUCGGAUAAACAAUACAGCAAAUGGUUCCAAUUGCUAAAGUUACUAUCUAAAUGAGAUAGUUUGAAAAGUCAACAGAGGGGUGCUAAAGGUGGAUAUUGCAAAAGAUUCUUCGUGGGAAGACUCGUUGUUCAACGCCUCAAAGUCUUCGUCUCUUCCAUUUCACUUCCAAAGGAGGGAACACUUUCCAAACAGCUGCAUCAUCGCUGCCAUCUUUUAAUGGCUUCUCCUUCUUCUUCAUUGUCGUUGGAUCCCUGUAAGCGCCAGUUUGACGUGUUUGUGAGUUUCAGAGGUGCGGACACGCGUAAUUCCUUCACCUCUUAUCUUGUUCAGUUCCUGCAGCGGAAAGGUAUUGAUACUUUCUUCGAUGGGAAACUCCGGCGAGGCAAGGACAUCUCUGUUGUCUUUGACAGGAUCGAGCAAUCGAAAAUGUCGAUCGUCGUCUUCUCAGAGAACUACGCCAACUCCACCUGGUGCUUGGAGGAGCUCUGGAAGAUAAUACAGUGCAGGGAGAAGUUUGGCCAUGGGGUCUUACCUGUCUUCUACAAAGUCAGGAAAUCUGAUGUGGAGAAUCAGAAAGGGACUUUUGGAGUUCCCUUCCUGAGCCCUAAGGAGAGUUUCAAGGGAGAUGGGCAAAAAGUUGGGGCAUGGAAGGAAGCUCUGAAGAUUGCUUCCAAUAUCCUGGGCUAUGUACUUCCUGAAGAAAGGCCAGAGAGUGAAUUUGUUGAAAAAAUAGCCAAGGAAACAUUCAGGAUGCUGAAUGAUUUGUCUCCAUGUGAACUCAGUGGUUUCCCGGGGAUCGAAUCACGUUCAAAGGAACUGGAGGAGUUAUUGAUGUUUGAUAACAAAAAUUGUAUCCGUACCAUUGGGGUUCUCGGGAUGACUGGAAUUGGCAAGACGACUGUUGCUGAUAGUGUUUAUAAACGAAAUUACCGUCAGUUUGAUGGAUAUUGUUUCCUUGAAGACAUUGAAAAUGAGUCAAAGCGGCAUGGAUUGCAUCAUUUGCAUCAAAAACUCCUCUGUAAAUUAUUGGAUGAAGAAAAUGUGGAUAUCAGAGCACAUGGAAGAUUAAAAGACUUUCUUCGGAACAAGAAGUUGUUUAUUGUGCUGGACAAUGUGACCGAAGAAAAUCAGAUAGAAGUUCUCAUCGGAGAGCAGGAGAUGUACCGGAAAGGAAGCAGGAUUGUUAUAACAACUAGAGACAAGAAACUGCUGCAGAACAAUGCGGAUGCAAUAUACGUUGUUCCCAGACUAAAUGACAGGGAAGCUAUGGAGCUUUUCUGCCUAGAUGCAUUUUCUGACAAACUCUACCCAACAGAAGAAUUUCUGGAUCUAUCAAACAAUUUUGUUUAUUAUGCGAAAGGGCACCCUUUAGCCUUGAAGUUGUUAGGUUCAGGUCUACGUCAGAAGGAAAGAACAUACUGGGUGGAAAAAUGGGAGAGAUUAAUGGUAAUGCCAGACAAGGAGAUUCAGAAAGUGCUAAAAAUGAGUUAUGAAGCACUGGAUGAUGAACAGAAAAGCAUAUUUCUUGACAUAGCAUGUUUUUUCAGAUCAGAAAAAGCAGAUUUGGUUUCGAGCAUCUUGAAAUCAGACCAUGUUAUGAGAGAACUUGAAGAUAAGUGCUUGGUAACCAAAUCUUAUAAUCGUCUUGAGAUGCAUGAUCUAAUGCAUGCAAUGGGGAAGGAAAUUGGAUAUGAAUCAUCCAUCAAAAGGGCAGGCAAACGUAGCAGGUUGUGGAACCACAAAGAUAUUCGCAAUGUGCUGGAGCAGAAAACGGGAACUGAAUGUGUUAGAGGCAUCUUCUUUAACAUGUCUAAUGUCGAAAGGAUCAAGCUAAGUCCUGACGUUUUCAUGAGGAUGUCGAAUCUCAAAUUCCUGAAGUUCCACAAUUCUCAUUGUUCCCAGUGGUGUGAUAACGACCAUAAAAUUCAAUUCUCUAAAGAGCUUGAUCAUUUUCCGGAUGAGCUUGUGUACCUUCAUUGGCAGGGGUACCCUUACGAAUAUCUACCAUCAGAAUUCAAUCCAGAGGAACUUGUUGAUCUUAGUCUACGCUAUAGCUACAUCAAACAACUGUGGGAAGAUGAUAAGGUGCCACAGAAAACGGAAAAUUUAAGAUGGGUCGACCUCAGUCAGUCAAAAGACUUGCGGAGUUUAUCAGGUUUGUCCAAGGCUAAAAAUCUUGAAAGAUUGGACCUCGAAGGCUGUACGAGUUUGGUUCUGUUGGGCUCAUCAAUCGAAAAGAUGAACAAACUUAUUUACCUGAACCUCAGAGACUGCACAAGCCUUGAGAGUCUUCCAGAGGGAAUCAAUUUAAAAUCUCUGAAGACUCUGAUCCUCAGUGGCUGCUCAAACCUUCAAGAGUUUCAAAUUAUAUCAGACAAUAUUGAAUCUCUUUAUUUGGAAGGCUCAGCAAUUGAACAAGUUGUUGAACACAUCGAGAGUCUUCGCAACCUUAUAUUGCUGAAUCUCAAGAAUUGUCGCAGGUUAAAGUAUCUUCCCAACGAUCUUUACAAGCUGAAAUCUCUUCAAGAACUGAUUCUCUCUGGCUGUUCAGCGUUGGAGAGUCUUCCACCAAUCAAAGAGGAGAUGGAAUGCUUAGAGAUUUUGCUUAUGGAUGGAACGUCCAUCAAACAGACACCUGAAACGAUUUGUUUGAGUAACCUCAAGAUGUUUUCGUUUUGUGGAUCUAGCAUCGAAGAUUCCACAGGGUUGGUAUUGUUACCUUUCUCAGGCAGCUUUUGCUUAUCAGACCUCUAUCUCACGAACUGCAAUAUCUACAAAUUGCCAGACAACUUUAUCUCCCUACACUCUCUACGGUGUCUAUGCUUAAGCAGAAACAAUAUUGAGACCCUACCUGAAAGCAUUAAGAAACUUCAUUGCCUGUUGUUGCUUGACCUGAAACAUUGUCGCAGGCUCAACUCUCUUCCAGUGCUUCCAUCUAGUCUACACUAUGUAGAUGCUCACGGGUGUGUUUCUCUGGAAAAAGUCGCAGAACCAGUGACACUUCCCCUAGUAACUGAUAGGAUGCAUACUACAUUCAUUUUCACGAAUUGCUUCAAGCUAAACCGAGCUGAGCAGGAAGCUAUUGUAGCUCAGGCCCAACUCAAGAGUCAGUUACUGGCAAGGACAUCUCUCCAGCAUAACAAUAAGGGACUAGUUCUAGAACCUCUGGUUGCUGUUUGUUUUCCAGGAAGUGAGAUACCCUCAUGGUUCAGCCAUCAGAGGAUGGGAUCUUUGAUAGAAACCGACCUGCUUCCACACUGGUGUAACAAAAAAUUUAUUGGAGCGUCCCUCGCUGUUGUUGUCACCUUCAGUGAUAAUGAAGGUCAUCAUGCCAACCGUUUAUCUGUAAGAUGCAAGUGCAAAUUCAAAAAUCAAAACGGCCAGUCUAUCAGCUUUAGUUUCUGUCUUGGUGGAUGGAACGAGUCAUGUGGAUCAUCUUGCCAUGAACCACGGAAACUUGGAUCUGACCAUGUGUUUAUCAGUUAUAACAACUGUAAUGUGCCAGUCUUCGAAUGGAGGGAAAAGAGUAAUGAGGGUACUAGAUGUCAUCCCACUAGUGCCUCAUUCGAAUUCUAUCUUACCGAUGAAACUGAAAGGAAACUAGAAUGCUGCAAGGUGAUAAGGUGUGGUAUGAGUUUGUUAUAUGCUCCAGAUGAAAAUGACCGUAGUUUCCAGGGAAUACGGGUUACAGACACUGUUGAGCGUACAUCUAGUGAGCUUCUUGUGACCAUUCGAGGUCAGUCCCACUCACGGAUUGAAGAAAGAAGAAAUGGCAAAGUAAGAGAUGAAAUCCUGGAUAUGAGUGUUUCCUACAUGAUAGGAGGUUCCGGGUCUUGAAAAGAAAACGAAAGGAACUUAAAGAUGUUGCAUUGCUUUUCGGACCCUUUGGUGUGUCGAUGGUGACUUCUAUCAACUUAAUUUGGCUGCAGCUUGACUUUGAGCUUAUCCUUGAAUGUGACUGGUUCGUUGCCAUUUGAAGCUGAUUGAUGAAAUCGUCACUAUCUCACUUCCAAAGACAAAAAAGGGAUCAUGGUCUGUACUCUCUGUUUCUCCUUUGACAUCACGUGUAUAUUGCUCAGUUGCUAGAUUUUGGUGGAACAACUGGUCCAAAAUUCUCCAUGGUUUGAUAAGGUGUUUUUCAAACUAGUGCUCUGGAGAUUGAAGUUGAAGGGCAAUAUGAAGAAAGUUGAUGGAGGAAGUUCCAGGAGAGAUCAAAUUUCUUGGGUGAUAGGGAGAUUUAUGGGCUAAAUGAUGUGUUCUGUAUGAAAAUAAACCUGUGCUUUAUAGAUGAUUUGAUGUGUUUGGCGUCUUUGGCCUUGUUGUGAUACUAUGUUAUGAACUAUUACCAAAAUUUCAUCUUUGUUUUUGGUUUGUUAGG